UUUUUUUUAUAUUACCUACUAAUAGGCAUGUGUCGGAAUGCCUUAUUAAUUUUUUUAUUUGUUUGAUGUCCUACUGAAAGAUUGUAGCCACUGUAGAUUUUAUUGGAAUCAAGGAAUAGAGAACGCCCCUGUGGCUAGUCUCUGUUGAGGAUGGUCACUGUGAACGAAAUCGUAUAUGAGGGAGUAUCGUAUUAAGCUGUAAAAGUGCUUCACCAAAUUCUCGAUGUAAGCUGAAGCGAUAUACACAUAACGCUGUACAAACAGAUUUUAACGGAUUACGUUGCUGGGAUGAAGUCGAUAUUAUGUCGUGUUGGGGAUACUGCUUAUCAUACGAGACGGCAGAUUGGCAAUUCCCCUACAAAGUAUCCUUUCAUCCGGUUUGCGUGCACGGAGAAAGGAAGCACGCUUCAAUCAAGUUACGGUACUGCGACCCUGGCGUAGAACCCGGUACAGAAAUAUAUCAUUACGUAGAAGCAGCCAACUGCAAGUGCCAGGUGUGUUCUUCUGAAGACACGAGCUGCGAAUGGCUGCCACCAGAUUAUUCUCUUCUCAACGAAAAUUCAAUCUCGGAACAAAUGGAGGAUAAGAAAUAAUAAAUAAAUUGAAUAAAGACGUAGACAAA